AUGGAGAUCGAUCCACCAGCUCGUCCAGUUAGGAGAGUGUAUUACUUGAGCCUUCUAGCUCACAUCUCCAAGCUGGGUACGAAGCAGUUUGCUGAGGAGUACAGGAAGGACAUUGCGGUUCACUUCCUGGAAGGUGAUGCACAUAACUGGUUGUUUGCUCUGGACAAACGCACCAAUGGGACAAUUGAGCGGUUCUCAGACUUCGACGUGGAGUUCAACCACAAAUACUUCCCGGCUGAAGCUUGGGACCGUCUGGAGUCUCAGUUCCUAGACAUGACUCAAGGACGCAUGACAGUACGUGAGUACAAAGAGAAGUUCAACCGGCUAAACGAUAUGUGGAUAGUGUCUGAACUGGUGGACCGCAUGGCUAUGGUGGAGACUAACUUGGCCGAAGAGGCCAAACUGAAAUCUAGGGGCCACACGGCUUCUAGUGGAUCCAGAAGCGACCGGAAGGGAAAGAGAGACACGGCCGAAGGGGGAAAGGCCUCAAGUGAUAGGCCGGAGUGUCCUUCAUGCGGAAGGCAUCACGGUGGAGAGUGUUGGAAGGCAAAGGGGGCUUGCACCCAUUGUGGCAAGAUGGGGCACUUUGCUUGA